AUGCCGCACCACAACAUCGUUUGCGAGUGGCUGCGUACCAUUGGCCUGGCCCAGUAUGGCGAGAGCUUCCUCGAGAAUGGCUACGAUGAGCUCGAGAUUUGCAAGCAAAUUGGCGAAAUCGAUCUGGAUGCCAUUGGCGUGGACAAUCCCUCGCAUCGUGGUAAGCUGCUGAAGAGCGUGCGUACGCUGCGGGAGAAGGGAGCCGCCAUUGUCUAUGUGCUCAUCAAUGAUCCGAAGGCGAUUAGCAGCAGCAACGAGAUUCUUGCCUCGGAUUGUGAUACGCCCGUUACGAUGAAGGAGCUGGAGGCGGUCAUGAAGCGACAUCUCGAGGCGGAUGGCAUACGCCUUACAGCCCAUCCCUAUUCCACGCCG